AUGGAAAUCACUAGCGCUGCUACACAGCCUAGGUCGACUUUAGAUGAACGUGCCACUGCAUCAGAAUCAACCAGUCGCAAGAGAAAAGCACCCGAUACGCUAACAAGUACCGAUGGCGCGUUACCCCGACAGAAAAUCACUAGGGCCUGUGACUCGUGCAAAGUGAAGAAGACCCGCUGUACAGGUACCCUCCCCUGCACAAGAUGCACGCGACUGUCGUUGCCGUGCAAGUACAACGCCGCCUACUCUCGGGGGUUACCGCCAGAACCUCUCCCUGCAUCACCAAGUUCACUAGCAGCCAAUAAUGGGCGGCAUGCGUCCGAAGCCAUAUGUAGGCGCACUUCCAACAGCCCCCUCUCGCGCACCAAGGUUCGAGAUUUGACAGGAAACGGCUGUCUACGUCCAAUCCCGAGUCAACAUGUUGUAUCUUUACGGAAUUCACCAGAGCCCGUGUCGACAGACUUUGAGGGCAAUUAUCUGGGCCCUUCAUCUGGUGUGUCGUUUAUCAAUCGCGUGUGGAGUCGUUUGCACCAGGAUGAAACGACGCAUUAUCCCGGCGAGAUUCAGAGUGAAUCAUCAAAAAAUGCGGCUGUCUUUAUGUUUGGCGACAAGCCUUACGCCAACUCGCAAGAGGCUCAAUUUACACUCCCGUCUCUGGAAAAGGCCCUGGAGUUGGUGGGUAUCUACUUUGACUUUUCUAUGGUGACUUAUCGAUUCAUCCAUCGAGGGAAUGUUGAGGCGUGGACCAGGCAGGUUUAUCGAGAUAAUAUUUGUCUUUCCAACCUUCCCGCUGGUAACAUGGUUGCGAGGACUGCUAUAGUUCUUAUGAUAUUUGCCGUGAGUACUUUGUACGUGGAGCUGAGACCAGGUGGGUUGCCAGGGGGCGAUCCGAAAGCCUCGAAGUAUAUGUCCUCCCUUGAGUCGGGGCCGCCACGUUUGGAAACGAUACAGGCUCGACUGGGCCAAUGCCUGUAUCUGCUCUCAUCGUCGCGAGCCAACGAAUGUUGGUACUCAUUUGGCACUACCAUGCAAAUCGUGACUGCGCUUGGAUUACACCGAAAGUGGCCCCCCAAACUGUCGAAUAACGGGUGCUCAUAUCUGGAAUUGGAGCUCCGCAAACGCAUUUUCUGGAGUGUAUAUACUCUAGACAAAUAUUUAAGCAUCAUGUUCGGAAGACCUCGACUUUUGCAUGAUGAAGAUAUCGAUCAAGAGCUACCGGACGAGACGAACGACGAGGAUCUGCUGGAAGCGGACCCAACACGCAGAACAGGGUCUACGGAUAGCAUGAUGAUUGCGUCUGUUCUUCAUUAUCGACUCGGUCGAAUCCUUGGAAACAUAUCCCGCCAACUUUAUAGUAUUAGCAAUCUCUCGCGCGACUCGCCUCUUGAGACUGCUAUCCGUCUAACGUCCGAGCUAGAAGCAUGGAAAGAGACCGUCCCACCUUUAUUUAACAGUGUCCACCCUUCCAGCCUCAUACCACCCCUAUGCCGCCAAAGCCAAGUUCUCCAGCUCGCAUACUCACAUGCCAUGAUCCAUGUCACGCGCUCGUUUCUCCUUAAUGAUUUCACAGAUCUCAGCCGCAGACCAAAAGUCCCGCACCCAAUGGUCAGCUCCCACGUUCAAAAAUGUAUACAGGCUGCCGAAGAUAUCAUGAUAAUCAUCGAUAGUCUUGCUCAGCAAGGCGUACUCAUCCAGUCCUUCUGGUUCACACAUUAUGUAUGCUUCUGCGCUAUCCUAGUUGUUUACAUCCAUACCAUCCAACAGCAUCGUAAAUCAAUGGGAGGGUCUAGCGCGGCCUCUGUCUCCUCAGUUGGAAGUCCCGCGGAUCCGGAUAAACUGCGGGUUCUUUUUCCACUGGCUGAAUCUUGCCAGAAGCAUCUUGCCGAAGCUACCCGCAAGAACUGCCCCAGCCGGCGGUAUGGGAUCAUUCUCGAGGAGCUGAGACAGGAGGUCCAUAGGCAGAUUGGAUCAAAUGGUGUGUCGGCCGAAGCGGACGCUCAUUCUUCUGGUGGUAAUGAUAAUCCCCACCAGUCGAAAGAGGACGCAAAUCAUGCAACUGCCCGGUCGGUUCCAUGUGACGCUCAUACGGUGGACUUCCCCUCCAUGCCGGGUGGCAUGCAAUCAGCUGACAUGGGAUUUAACACGGGAGACGAUGCAGGGUUUCUUGAGAGUCUUGAGGGGUCGAUCUGGUGGGCUCAACUCGAUUCGUGGGCCUUGUCCAAUUUCCCUAAUGACCCAUCUAUAUUUAACUUUUGA